AGGCCGUGUUUGGACAAGGUCCCGCCUGACCCAGACUCAGUAAAAAGGCUGGCCUUAGCCGACACGAACAGUGGUGACACGACAAAACCUAAACUCGAGGCGCUCGCUCCUCGAUCCUCUCUCCCUCCCUCCCCACACACUCGCACAGACACGGGAGUAUCGACCCGUAACCGGAAAAUGGUUUUUAUUACAGGACCCGGAAUUCGAUUCUUGUCAUCUUGGUAAUCUCUUUGUCUCCGGGGCGAUUCCUUCCGUGGAAAUGGCCGUGAGGCCUUGACAGCGCCUUGAAAAUCCUCAUCUGGGUGUCGGACCAAACCAGUCCCCUUUUUCUGUUCCGAGCGAAAUGGUGCAGCCCAUUCCCGACUCUCUCUCUGAUGGUGGAUUUGGGGAUUGAUCCGUGGGGGCAAUUGUGGAAGAUCGCGGUGCAUUAGGUGAUGUGAGCGAAAACCUGGUUUUCCUGUUAGGUCAUAUCGAGGGUUGUUGAUUGUAAGUUGCUAGCGGUUAUUCGAGUUCUUGGGUGUCUUAGAUCUAAGCACUCUGUGAUGCUGUGCAAUUUGUUUCUUUUAUUCGUGGGCUCAUCAGUUAGGGGAUGUUGCUGAUUCUGACACGAGGAGAAGGAGAGAUGUAAGUGCCCUUAUCAGUUUUAUAUUGAUGUGCUUAUCGCUUGGGUUAGUUGCAUCACUUGUCAAGCUCUCGGGCUUUGGAUCAUCUUGGUGCUCUUGAUGGGUGAAUUUUGGAUGAUGUGAAGAAAUGGAAUUGAGAAUGGCGUUUGCUGUGUAAGUGGGAGGGUGUCGAGAUAUCAAAAUUACACCUCUUUCGACACGAAUUGAUCCUUUGAGGGUAUAGAUCGCAAGGUACUGAUGGCUUUGUUCAAAAGCAUUAUUCAGGACGUGAGGGACGAGAUUGGGAACAUCUCUAAGAAAGGGUUUGAUCAUGUGAAGUUUGGGUAUGGGCUGAGAUCACGCUCUCAUCGGGUUGUUCAGGACAGUUCGGUAGUGGUCGAGGCAUUGAAGCAGAGUUGUUGGGCGAGCAUGCCGCCCGAGCUCUUGAGGGAUGUGUUGAUGAGGAUAGAGGAGUCGGAGAGCGUAUGGCCUCCGAGGAAAAAUGUGGUUGCUUGUGCUGGUGUUUGCCGGAACUGGAGGGAGAUCAUGAAGGAAAUCGUGAAAACACCGGAGGUGUCUGGCAAGUUGACAUUCCCAAUUUCAUUGAAGCAGCCUGGUCCAAGGGACUCCCUUCUCCAGUGUUAUAUUAAACGCAGUCGCAGCAACCAAACAUAUUAUCUCUACCUCAGCUUAGAUCAAGCUUUAAAUGAAGAUGGCAAAUUUCUUCUCGCCGCACGGAAGCUCAGGCGCCCUACAUGCACCGACUACAUCAUCUCUUUAAAUCCGGAUGACAUGUCCAAAGGGAGUAGCACGUACAUUGGAAAAUUAAGGUCAAACUUUCUGGGCACGAAGUUCACAGCCUUUGAUGCACAGCCUCCAAAUGCUGGCUCCAAAGUCAUGAAAAGUCGGUCCACCCGGCUAGUGAACUUUAACCAAGUCUCCCCGAAAGUUCCCGCUGGAAAUUACCCUGCAGUGCACAUAUCUUAUGAGUUGAACGUCUUGGGAUCAAGGGGACCGAGAAGAAUGCAAUGCGUCCUGGAUGGCAUACCCGCCUCUUCGAUUGAGCCAGGAGGAGUUGCCCCGACUCAGACUGAAUUUAUGUCUAGCACUCUCGACACAUUUCCGUCAUUUUCUUUUUUCAGAUCUAAAUCGACGCGCGUAGAGAACCUUCAGUCUGGGAGACCAUUGUCUGCUUUAAAAGAUGGGAUGUUGGUAUUGAAGAAUAAGUCCCCGAGGUGGCAUGAGCAACUCCAGUGCUGGUGCCUUAAUUUCCAUGGACGGGUGACUGUUGCUUCAGUGAAGAACUUUCAGUUAGUGGCUUCUCCAGAACAAGGAGUCGCUGGUCCAGAGCAUGAGAAUGUUAUCCUCCAGUUUGGAAAAGUGGGGAAGGAUGUAUUCACAAUGGAUUAUCAAUAUCCUAUCUCAGCUUUCCAAUCAUUCGCCAUAUGUCUCAGCAGUUUCGACACUAGAAUCGCCUGUGAAUAGUUGACUGCCAGGUUUUUCUAGGCAGAGAGAAGGAUUUCUUGGAAGCCAUAGCGGUUUAACGUAUUUCUGGGGAGCAAUCUGAUCAAAGGAUUUUGCCAGAACUUGGUAGCCCCUUUCUUUUUUAAAUUUUUUGAAGUUUGCCCAGACUCCGUCUGGUGUUCCUUAUCGAUUUUUCAUUGUAUAUAUGUGCUUUUGCAGCUGGAGAGACAUUUGUGUGUAUGAGUUUGGUUUCUUGUGGUUUUGUCUAAUGUAUCCGAAUACUUUGGUGAAUGAUUGCUGAGGAAUGCCUGCUUCGUUUGCUGA